AUGUCGACUUUCAAAGGCGUCAUCGAUGAGUUUCGGCACAUUCGGAUCGACUACUUCAGACACCAGCCAGGCUACAAGGCGCCCCUGGCAUGCUUCCUCAGCCAUAUCCAUUCGGACCAUUUGACGGGUCUCGAGUCUCUGAGAGCACCUUUUGUGUAUUGCUCGGCUGCCACGCGGGAGAUUCUGCUGCGCUUGGAAAAGUACCACUACCGAGUCAACUAUGCGCGCGGAAUCCUCGAGAGUCACAAUGUCACUUACGACCGUAGCAUGCGCAAGUUGGCAAAGCCACUGCCACUCGAUACUCCAACCACCAUCGAGCUGGCCCCCGGUGAUGGCAAAGCAAUCCUCUACACUGGCGACAUUCGAGCGGAACCCUGGUGGGUGAAUAGUCUAGUGCAAAACCCAGUCCUUCUUCCUUAUACUCUUGAAUCAAAAGCUCUCGACUGCAUCUAUCUGGACACUACAUUUGCCACCAAGUCCAAUGUGUAUCGAGAGUUUCCCUCCAAAGCUGAGGGUAUCAAAGAACUCCUGCAAAAAGUCGGCUCUUACCCUGACGAUACUGUCUUUUACUUUCAUUCGUGGACCUUUGGCUACGAGAAUGUAUGGAUAGCCCUUUCCAAUUUUCUGCAGUCGAGAAUACAUCUGGAUGACUACCGUGCUUGUAUUUAUGCUUCUCUUUCCACCCUGGAUAAGAAGUCGCUGCACGAUGGCGGGCUCAAUGUGCAAAAAGAGAAUACCUACCUGCAAAGAUCAGGUCUCCAAGUUCACGAGGCUCCUGCAUUGUGUGGGUUCAGAAACGGAAAUCACAUGCAGCCUGGUUGUCUGACUUCCAAUUCUGAUGUCCGCAUACACAGCUGUGAGCGAGGGAUGGGAUGUGCCGUCAUGGAUCAAACAAAUCCUCAGAUAGUCCACAUUGUUCCAAUCGUGAAUCGCGUCGGGACGACAGAUAUCCUUGAGGCCGGCGCAGGAGGGGGUCACGGCGACCUGAACCAAGCUGAAGAGUUGGAAACUGGUGACAUGGAGAAAAUGGCAGAGCUAUGCUCAGCACAUAUAAAGGAUCCCGAAAUCCUCUCCAAAGUUCUUUCUCUCUUUCAACAGGCCCUGGAUGACGGCACCACGACUAUCAACUUGAGCAUGAACCUCCAGAACGAGAGCCCGGAAAGUGAAUCCGAGCUUGCUUUCCCACAGCUCGCUACGGCGCUCUCAUCUCGAGUCUCCAACCCUGAUGGGUCUCACCCACCACUUCACAACUCGAUCCGCUUUCCCUAUUCUCGUCACUCCUCUUAUUCCGAGUUGUGUAAUCUUGUGGACGCAUUCAAACCAAAGGAUGUUUUUCCGUGCACAGUUAACGAAGCUAAUUGGGAUCCCAGUCUUAGCAUGCGUUCGCUCUUUGGAUCAUCCUGCUCUGGAGAUGUAUUUCGACACGACUUGGAAAUGAUGGCUAUGUGGGAGGCGAGGCGUGAAAACGAGAUGAGUGGGAAGAGGACAAGGGAGACCCAAUCCAAUACUCAGGAAAGCGAUACAGGAAUCACUCCCCACAUUGUAGCCAAGAAGCAAAAGUUGGAUGGCGCGGAUGGGAGUGAGAGCGAUUCGGAUGUCUUUCACACGCCCGCAACUGUGCAUGUUCAGCCUCUAGAAGGAUCCAUCACGGCAGAUCGAGGCACAGAGGUGGCAUCUAGCUCCUUUCGACAACAGCCGCCUUCCUCAUCACCACCCAAAGCAGAUGCUACGCCGCAUGAUAUUAACCCGGCUCCGACCGCGACAUUGAAUUCAACUCUUCCCCCAGGGAAUCCAUCCACGGCGUCGAAAUUACCCACAGCUUCGACAUCGAAGAACGAUCAAGCAAAAAAAGAACAUCGCACCCGAGUAAUCAACCAAAAACUCGCAUACGAUGCUGCCCUUGGGUUCCGACUUACGUGGGAUGAUUUUGGGGGUUUGGUGUGCACGAAAAAACGGGAAGAUCUGGCAGAAUUCGAGGUAGAAUUGUGA